AUGGGUACUAGUCUGAGCGAUGAAUCCGAUGAUUUCUUGUUUAACGUAUCUUCAUUAGGUAAAAAGCAAAAGAAAUCUCUUUCCGUUGUGCACAAUUUUACUCGUAAGGUUAUAAACGACAGGAAGAAGUUUAUAACAGAAAAUGGAAUAAAUUUAGUUAAUGCAAUGGGCGAUAAGGACAAUGAUGAAUCUGAAAUGGUGUAUGGUAAAAAGAAAAGAACGGCAAUGCUUGAUUUACUAAUAUUGGCGGAAAAAGAAGGUUUGAUUGAUAACGCCGGCAUCCAAGAAGAAGUUGAUACGUUUAUGUUAGAGGGUCAUGAUACUACUGCAUCAGGACUGAUCUUCUGCCUGAUGUUGCUUGCCAACUAUUCAGAAAUACAGGAAAGGAUAGUAAUAGAGCUUAAAGAAAUCUUCGGUAAGACAAAGCAUGCCACAAGAAUGGAAGACCUAAAUGCAAUGCGCUAUUUAGAUCGUUGUAUCAAGGAAUCUCUUCGUCUAUAUCCUCCCGUACCCUUCAUUAGUCGUCAUAUAAAUGAAGAAGUUCAAUUAAGUAAUUACACAGUCCCAGCGGGAACUUAUUGUCACAUUCAUAUUUACGAUCUACAUCGCAGCGAAAAAUUAUUCCCAAAUCCUUCUGUGUUUGACCCAGAUAGAUUUUUACCAGAAAAUAUGGGUAAGCGUCACAGUUACGCUUACAUACCUUUUAGCGCAGGACCAAGGAAUUGUAUCGGUCAAAAAUUUGCAAUGAUGCAGAUGAAAUUAGUUGUAUCAGAAAUCUUACGGAAUUUCAGGUUACUUCCCGUCACCAGUUGUUCGGAUCUAAAAUUCCAGGCAGAUUUAAUUUUGAGAAACUCAGGACCGGUUUAUAUAAAAUUUGUAAAAAGAGAAAUCGUGAUAUGA